UCUAAGCUGAACGAAAAGCAAGUAACAGUCGCCUCUGAAAGUCUGAAUUGUUGMACGUAGGACGUGGGUAAUACAUUACACACUAAACCAACCGUACCUAGAUUGAUUUUUUGUCGAUCCAUUAUGUGUGAGCUGUAGUCCAUUCAAAUCUUCUAAAACAUCACUAUGGGUACCAUUAGUGGUAUUACGUUGAUUAUUUUAUUUGCUGUUUUAAAAUUCCAUGGAUUACAUUCCGUUGACACAACAAUUUGGGGCCCAGGUCUCGAUCCAUCAAUUGUUUUGCCCGCUCGAUACUUUUACGUUCAGUAUGACCAGCAUAAAUUUAAUAUUGAAGAAUUUAAUGUGUUGAUAAGUGGUAAAACAAAAUAUGGUAAUACUUGUCGUAUUUGGACAAAUAUCUUGGAUAGAAAAGAUGCAUCAUUUAUAGUGCGGUACAAAUUGUAUGAAGUUUGCUAUGAAUUCAAGAUAUUGGUUGAAAAUAAAAAAUCAUUAAAAAUUUACUGGAAUUAUUUUAAUAAAGGGCCAAUUUAUCCAGAUGAAUGUGACUGCUCAAAAGUAUCUAUAGAUACUUGGCUAUCAAAUACUAAAUGUAGAACUGAUAUUGAACAAAUUAAUAAUGAUCUCAAUCAAUUUAAGAAUGUAAAUUUUAAGACGGUAUUUGGGAAAAUGGCUAAAUUUUAUAGUCAACACCCACACAGCACAAGUGUUUGUCAUUACGUUGUUAAGAAUAGUUUAAUAUUCCGAAAAUGCUAUGGAGAAUAUACAGGAUUUAAGAUGUUUAUGGAUAAAAUACUUUUAAUUUUAAUUUCAAAAGUGUUUUUACCUGAUCUGGAAUUUUUUGUAAAUUUGGGAGACUGGCCUUUAUCAUCACCUAAAGAACUAUUUCCUUUAUUUUCUUGGUGUGGAUCAAAUUAUUCCGUUGAUAUUGUGAUGCCUACCUAUGAUAUUACAGAAUCUGCUCUAGAAAAUAUGGGAAGGGUGACCUUAGAUAUGUUGUCAGUUCAAGGUAACAUUGAAAAAUCAUGGUCACAAAAAAUUGAAAAAGGCUUUUGGAUGGGUCGUGACUCCAGCAAACAUCGGUUAAAUCUAGUGGAACUUAGUAAAAUGAAUCCAGACAUGCUCAAUGCUUCGAUAACAAAUUUUUUCUUUUACAAAGAAUUGAAAGAAAAAUAUGGUCCAGGAAAAAAGCCCAUUUCUUUUUUUAAAUUCUUUGAUUACAAAUACCAAUUAAAUAUUGAUGGCACUGUAGCUGCUUAUCGGUUUCCAUAUCUAUUAGUAGGUGAUUCAUUGGUUUUCAAACAAGAAUCUGAGUACUAUGAGCACUUUUAUAAUGAACUGAUACCAUGGGUUCAUUAUGUCCCAAUAAAAAGACAUUUAGAUGAUUUGUUAGAUUUGAUAGAUAUUAUGAUGAGCGAUGAUAAAACAGCAAGAAAAAUAUCAUUAAAUGGUCAAAAAUAUGCAAGAGAACAUUUAGCACCUCAUAAUAUAUUGGGAUAUUAUUUACUAUUAUUUAAAAAUUAUAGCAAAUUUUUGACCUCAGUAGAAGUCCGCCCCAAUAUGGAUGCAGUAAUAAGUACUCCCAACAGUCCUAAUAAAAUAACUUGUGAAUGUGAACCUGAACCUGAACCAUUCAUGACAAAUAUUAAGAUGGAGCUUUAAAUUCAAGUCAUAAUUAAAAAUUAACUCUUUUACAGUAAUAAAUGAUUGUUGUAUUAUUAUUAUUAUUUUAUCUGUGUUAAAAACAACAUUUGGAAAUGGGUUAUAGUAGAACACUGAUCAUACAAACUAAUUAUUGUCAAAGGGUACUUAAAUAUCCAGAUAAUUGAUCAUAGAACAUAUUCAUCAAAAUACAUACCAAAUUAUAGAAGCUGCAGCAAAUAGCGGUAGAAAAUAAUCAGUAUUCAUAAAAAUAGUACGGAAUAAUUUUUAUUAUAUUUUAAACAUUAUAGUUAUAUACUACUAAAUAGACAGAUAUUUAAUCUAUGAUUGUGUGGAAUGACAAAAUACAACUAGGUACAAAAAACCUUUUUAUUUAUUUUUUACCCGUUAAUUGAUGUUAAGAUAGUUAGCGUUCUACUGUUUAUUUGUAGUUUAAUGUUUGAUGAUUGAUGCUGUAUGAAUGUUGCGUAUAGAUUUAUUAUAUAUCUCAAUUUAUUAAUAACCAGUCUCCUACUUUUUAUCAUAUUGAAUCUCAUUAACUAUUUAUUCUUGCCUACUUAUUGAAAAAGUUUAUAAUAGCAUGUAAGAAAUGAAAUAUAGGUAAUUUUUUUUAAAUUUUAUUAUGUAU